AUGAAAGAAGUGCUUCAUAUUCAACCUAAAAAUAGCACAAGAAAUGGUGCAUCAAACGAGAGGAGGGAAACACCAACCAGGGGCACGAUGGACAGUUGCGGUAGAUGUAUGAAAGUGUCGCUGGUUGCGAUCAAUGUUGUUACUUUCUUAAGUGGUUUACUAGCAGUGGCAAUAGGACUAUGGAUUUGGACUUCACGCUCAUUUUCAAGCACGCUCAUGAGCAACAAUAUGUACAUAGCCUCUGUGGUUGUUGUCGUUGCAAUGGGAGCGGCGAUCAUGUUGCUUUCCUUCCUUGGAUGCUGCGGCGCGGCGAAGGAAGUGAAAUGCAUGCUGCUCACGUAUUACAUCCUUGUAUUCAUUAUAUUCGUGGCGAUGCUGGUAGGAGGUAUUCUACUUUUCGUCUUCCGUGAGAAGGUUAUAUCGACUCUCGACCGGGAAAUGCAUGCCUCCAUGCCAAAUUAUGGCGUCAAGCAUGAGUACACACGCGCCUGGGAUGAUACGCAAUCCCAUCUACAAUGCUGCGGUGUGAAGAGCCAUAACGAUUGGAAUGGGAAUGUCCCGGAGAGCUGCUGUAAAGAAGUCUAUCCGGGAAAGCGCUUGGACUGCAGAUAUUCUCCCAACCCGACCACGAUGUACAUGGACGGAUGUCUGAACAAAACUAUAGACUUGCUCCGAGAAGACGCGGCGUAUGUUGGUGCUGUGGCUAUUAUCGUAGCUUUGAUUAUGGUACUGGCAUUAAUAUUUUCUUGCGGACUAUUUGUGAAAAUAGAGUGA